AUGAAUUUAAAGAUCGGAGACUUUCUUUGUGAUAAAUUUAUCGAGAAAAAUGUGUCUCCAAUAAGCCGAAAAUAUUUUCUGCAUUUGUGGUUCUAUUUAUUGAUUUAUGUUCGAUGUUUAAAUUCAGAUUUAACAUCGUUUGACUUUUCUAUAGGUUAUGUGCAUGAAAAUGCAAAGAAAUUUCGUUGUGAAGAUUGUGGAAAAGCAUUCCGUUUCAAGUCCGAAUUAGAACGUCAUCGCAGGAUUCACACGGGAGAAAAGCCAUUCUCUUGUCAGUUCUGCGCUCGAAGAUUCAGCCAUGAGUGGAAUUUAAGACAGCACGUUAUGAUUCAUUUUGGAGAGAAACCUUUUACCUGCGACCAUUGCAAACGGAGCUUUACACAAAGACAAAAUCUAGUAAAACAUCUUCGCAUUCACACAGGAGAAAAGCCAUUCUCUUGUCAGUUCUGCGCUCGAAGAUUCAGCCAUGAGGGGAAUUUAAGACAGCACGUUAUGAUUCAUUCUAGAGAGAAACCUUUCACCUGCGACCAUUGCAAACGGAGCUUUACACAAAGACAAAAUCUAGUAAAACAUCUUCGCAUUCACACGGGAGAAAAGCCAUUUUCUUGUCAUUUCUGCGCCCAAAGAUUCAGUGAUAAGUCUAAUUUACGACAACACGUUAUGAUUCAUUCUGGAGAGAAACCUUUUACCUGCGACCAUUGCAAACGGAGCUUCACACGAAGACAACAUUUAAUAAAACAUGUUCGCAUUCACACACGGCAAAAGACUUGAAAAUUGUUUUGAAAAUUCAGGUUAAGUUAUCACAGGAAACACCUUUCAAAUAAAUAUUCGUAAAGCUCUUUUUCUCUUUUAAAUUUUGAAUGUUUUAGAAUUCUUCCAGUGUUUAUUUUAUGGAUGUUCUUUCAAAAUGUGU